GUGUUUUUGCUGGAAGAGAAACAGAGAAGUAGCAAAAAUUUCUGUACUUUGAGAUGAAGAAGAGAGGCAGAAAGCCCAUCAUAGAUAAGACUGUGGAUUCGGAAGAUUGGUGCUUUAGAUGCAAAGAAGGUGGAGAUCUUCUCAUAUGCGAUUACAAGCAGUGUAUUAAAACUUAUCAUCCUCAUUGUGUUGAUGAGUCAUUGACGAGCAAAAAACGCUUUCAUUGUGAACGGCAUCGUUGUUGGCAAUGUAGAAAAGGGAAAACAUCAUUUCAUUGUUAUUGUUGUCCUAAAGCAGUGUGCCUGCGGUGCAUCAAUCCAGUAGAGUUUGUGCGCAUUAAAGGGCAAGAUGGCUUUUGUUGCGAUUGCUUGAACCUUGUUCUACUGAUUGAAGAAAACAGGGAUGUUACUGCAGAUGGGGUGACUGUGGACUUUAAAGAUUUGCAAACAUAUGAAGGGCUUUUUAUGGAUUAUUACUUCAGGGUGAUGAAAGAGAAAAUAGGUCUUACGGUAGAAGAUCUCCACACUGCUAAAGAUAAACUAAUGACAGGGAAGUAUGAAUUAGAUGACUUUAUUGACGAAGAAGAUGGUGAAAUGGAAUCUGAUUAUGAGGCCACGGACUCAGAAGAAGUCUUCAAACCAACAAAAAAAAGGAAGUUUAAGAAUGAUCUACAAGUGAAGAAGCCAAAAAAGGCCAAAUCAAAGGAAAUGCAGUUCUCUGGUUGGGGAUCGACCCGUCUCAUUCAGUUCUUGGCAUCGGUUGGUGAAGACACUAGCAAAGAAAUACCCCAGCGUAAGGUGGAUACCUUAAUAAAUUUAUAUGUUAAUAAAAAUAAGUUAUUUGAUCCAAACGAUAAGAAAAAGAUAAGGUGCGAUGAAAAGCUUCUAGCUUUAUUUGGGAGGGAAGUUUUGAAAAGGAACAAAAUCUAUGAGUUGUUGGAAUGUCAUUUUGCAAAUGAUUUGGUGGUACCAGAACAAGAUGAAGAUCUGGAGGAGGAGAAUACUUUUGAUGGGACAGAAGAUGGUUCAGUGUCUAUUAAAAUGCGGAGAAGUUUGAAAAAGGACAAAGAUCCUAUGAAAGUUAAGCAAGUUAGCAAUGUGCCAGAAAGUUGUUUUGCAGCUAUAUGUGCUGAAAAUAUCAAGCAUGUUUAUUUGAGGAGGAGUUUACUGCAAGAGCUAUCAAAAGAACCUGAAUUGUUUGAACAGAAGGUGAAAGGAAGCUUUAUUCGAUUGAAGACUGAUCCAAAUGAUCGGUUUCAGAGAAAUUCUCAUCAGCUCUUACAAGUCACAGGUGUAAAGAAAACUUCAAGUGGCCAAAGUAAUGCAGAGAUGGUCCUUCAGGUGUCAAAUAUGCCAUUUGAGAUUCGUAUAGGUUCACUGUCGGAUGCCGACAUUGAAGAGGCAGAAUGUGCAGACUUGAGGCAAAAAGUGAAAGAUGGCUUGAUUCCAAAGCCUACAGUAGUGGAGCUCCAAGAAAAGGCCAGGAGUCUGCAUGAGGAUGUAACGAAGAAUUGGAUUACUAGAGAACUGAAGUUACUGGACUCACGCAUUAAUCAGGCCAAUGACAAAGGUCGGAGACAAGAUAUGUCUGACUAUAUGGAAAAAAGGAAGCUGUUGCAAAGUCAAGCAGAACAAUUGCGACUAUUACAAACUUAUCCCACUGUGAAAGCAGAGGAGCUUGCACUGUUAAGUGAAGAAAAUGAGUUCAACAGAAAGGAGGAUGAAGCCUCUCCUCAGUCAGUAAUUUCAACUGGUCUCAAGGGAAAAUGGGGAAACAAUGGAACUUCAAGAGGGAAGAAAUAUCCAGGUCAAAAUUUUGUUAGCCCACCUCUUCCAAUAUCCGCUGACCAAGGGUCAACAUGGAAAAGCACUACAACUGUUGCAGCAACUGUUGAACGAUCCCAAGAUCAGGUGCUUACUCCUGAAUCUCAAUAUAAGGGGAAAUUCCUGGGAGAGAAAGGGAUGCACAGUCCUUUUGCCACUUACUUGAAGCAGAAUCAAGGGACUAACACUGAACAGCCAGCAACCAGAAGAAUCAAUGGAAUAGUUGCAACAACUGUCAAAGGAUCCCCAGGUCAGGUGCAGACAUCUGAAUCUCAAUGUAAGGGGAAAUUCCUGGGAGAGGAAGGGAUGCGCUGUCCUUCUCCCACUAACUUCAAGCAUAAUCAAGGAGGGACUUACUUUGAACGAGCAUCAACCAGAAAAAGCCAUAGGACAGUUGCAGUAAGUGCAACCCUCAAAGAAUCCACAGAUGAGAUGCCUACAUCUGAGGAUCAUUCCAAUGAAAGAUUCCAGGUGAAAGAGAUAUAUAAUUCUUCCUCGACUAAAUUGAAGCAAAAUGAAGCAAUAAACACUGAAGAUAUGACACCGGAGCAGCAAGGAACACGUGUUGAUAAAGCUGUCGUUGAUUUGAGUAGUGAUGACGAUAGCGUUGUUUGCACUGGUUCAUUGAGAAAGCAGAAGCUCAAGGACCCAGACGGUUCAUUGAGAAAGCAGAAGCUCGAGGACCCAGACAGUAGAGUAUGGCUCGUAGUAGGUCCUGAUGGCGAAAGGAAGGGAACAUAUACCUUGUCAUUGCUCAAAGCCUGGAGGGAGGCGAGUCCGUAUGCACUGAAAUUCAAGGUUUGGAAAGAAACUCAAACUGAAGAACAGGCAAUCUGGCUGGGCGAUGCUAUUAAGCUAGCUUUUGAUGAAAACUAGAAGCUAAAAUGAUUUGGUUUAUCGCCAUUUCACCAGUUUCCAGCUUUGACCUGAAGUGAAGUAAGUUUUUCCUUCAGCUGUUGUAUAAUAAAUUCACCAUUUUGGGAGCUCAAUGUUUGGAAAAGGAAAAAAAAAUUAAAAAAUACGGGCACUGCUCGUUGCCUCAAGUACAUAUAUAUAUUCAAUCAUGUUGGGACAAUGAAGGAUUGCAAGAAUGUUGGGCAUCCUCAAUGUUUGUAUGUAUAGUGAAAUGUAUCGUUGUGUAGGUGCACCAGACAGCCGAAACAUGCAUGUCUGCACCAUAUCCUUUUGGGUUGCUGAGUUUGAAAUUUAACAGUGUCAAGUCUCUCCAUCCUAAGAAUGAAUGAUUACAAGUCAAUCCUUUUUAAGGUUUGCAUUUGAUCAUCCCCAAAAAGGAAUCACCAGAUAUCAAAACUAUAGUACUUUCCUUAUUGUGAUUUGACUUGAAUUGAACUUGUUUCAGCCUUC